GCCGCGGCUGAGCCGGGACCGACCUAGGGCGAGGGAGCUGGUAACUGGGACCUCCCCCUUCCCAGAGGGGCCAAUAGUUCAGUCCAACAUGGCUGCCACCAUGAAGAAAGCGGCUGCUGAAGAUGUCAAUGUUACUUUUGAAGAUCAACAGAAAAUUAACAAGUUUGCAAGAAAUACCAGCAGGAUUACAGAGCUGAAAGAAGAAAUAGAAGUUAAAAAGAAACAACUUCAGAAUUUGGAGGAUGCAUGCGAUGACAUGAUGAUGCUUGAUGAUGAAGAUUCAAUACUGAUACCGUAUCAGAUUGGUGAUGUUUUUAUCACUCAUUCUCAAGAUGAGACACACGAGAUGCUGGAGGAGGCAAAGAAAAACUUACAAGGAGAAAUUGAAGCGUUAGAAUCUCGAGUGGAAUCAAUUCAGAGGGUAUUAUCUGACCUGAAGGUUCAGCUUUAUGCAAAAUUUGGAAACAAUAUAAACCUUGAGGCUGAUGAUAGUUAAUUUUUUCCUAAAUAUACAGUAUGCAGUUUUUGGUAUUGGUUUAUUAAAUGUGAUUCUUGACAUUUCCUUUCUUUCCAAUAAUGUUUUUUAAAAAAAAUCCCACUCAUUUAUUUUAUGGCUUUCCAGUCAUGAGUUCUACCUAUAUAAUGAAAGCUUUCUUAUUUUGCUUGCCUACAACUAUUUAUUUGUUUCAGGAAAAGCAAUAGCCUUCCAUGUGUUGCUGAUGCACAUCAAGAUUGAGGUCUUUACAUUCUCUUUAUUAAAAUAAUAAUUAAGUCAAGCAAAUAUCAUACGUUUCCCUUGUUUUUGUUUGUGGAAAUUACUAUCAAGUGUGUGUGAAAUGCUAAACAUCUGAAACUUCUGCCAUCAGAUAUAUUGGAUUAAUCUGUCCUCACUGACAGUUUAAUAGUUAACGAUUGUACUGUAAUACUUUAGUAUGACUAUGUUUAAUGAUGUUUGCCUGCUUUGUAAAUUGCUUUGAUGUCUAUUGAUGAAAAACACGAUAUACGAUCAUUAUCAAUCAAUGACAUGUUGCUUUUCAUCCAAGGAUCACAAAGCACUUCAAAGAAAAUUAAGUAUUAUAAUUCCCACCUCACAUAUGAGGCAGUUGAGAUUCAGGAAAGUUUAGUUUCCAAAGUCACUGUAGCCCAUCCAACGCUUUUAGACUUAUUGAUAUCUUGAAACUAAUUUACACUUUGUUUAGACUAAAUAUCUAGUUUUUAUUAUAAUGGCUUACCUUAAAAACUUUAUUCUGGUGUUUGAGCCCUUAGGGUACAUGGAGUCAUGUUUUCAAGCUUUUCUCUCUAACCUUGAGGACAAGAAGCUUACUUUAAUUUAAAAAACAAACAAAGAAA